AGAGCUUGAUGAGGUCUUCGAACAGUGAUUGUUAUAUGUGUGUGUGUGUGUGAGUGUGUGUGUGUGUAUGUUUUCUAUAAACAGCAACACAAUGCAAUAAAAUUAUUAAUAAAAGAAAGAAUAGGGAUGGUAGGAAAAGAUAAUAUUAAAGUGUUCGGUGAGAAUCCACAAGGUCGUCCCUGAAUAAUCUUUAUUUUCUUCCUCAAGGCUAUGGAUCCCUACAAUUGUACCAGAGGUGGUACCCCUUUAAUAAAACAAAAAUAUAUAUAUGUGUUGGCUCCGUGGUGUGGGUGAGGGGGAGGACUGCGCCGGCCGCUGCGCGCUUGUCAACCACAGUAAAUAAACAGACGACGCGGCCAUGGCGGCCGUCACUGCCAAGCCCAUAUUAUUCCUGGAGGAAAAUCAGUAUUCCAACUUUGAAUGGAUUGGUGAGAGUGAGGAUGGGUCUUUGCUGUGCCGGUGGGAGGAGGAGGUGCUGGUGAGAGCCCCUGUUGAUGGCUCGGGAGGGGAUGGAGGAAUUGAGGGUGCAACAAGCUCUCUCGCCUUUGCAACACAGGUUGCUAUUGCUACUCCUGACUUACACUCUGCACAGGUCUUAUAUACAUUUGAUAAGGUUGUGCCUGUGGUCCAAGCCUCUGUCAAUGCUUCCAGGACUCUGCUAGGCUUUGUGACUCGCCGCAGUCUUGGUGAAGGAAAUAAAUAUUCUGCAUAUGUGGCCGAAAUUGCACCUCAAGGGGGCGUAUUUUCCCUGAACAUUGAUUGCUCUCGACAGAUACUUCUUGAAUUUCUUCACACAGAAGGUGGAAAACCCUUAGACGAUAGCUGGAUUGCUAAGCUUCUUGUUUUCGUCCACCGGGAAUCCAUUGCCAUCUACUCAUUUCCACUAAGUCUGAAGGAUGGAUCAUCAUGGAUUGUUGAUGACCAACCUCUGACGGAGUCAGUGGUGCGAUCAUUUGUGUGGGCUCAGUGGGAACCUCAUCAUAAGCACUUAUAUUAUCUACACUACCGUCCUCCCCCUGAAGCUGGCUUAACCCUGGGGUCAGGUGAAGCAGAGGAAGAUGCCCUACGUCCUCGACCUAUGCUCACAGCCUUACAGUUUCAUCCUAAUAAACCUCACGAAACAGUGUUAAAUGUUCCCCUGGAACUGUCGGGCCUGGAACAUUCCCCUCUGGACUUGAGCGGUGAUUACCGAGAUCAAGGUUUGCUGCACACUGCAGGAGAUGCUUGGCUUGACCUGCGUGUUGUGACCUCUCCCUCAGGUGCUGUCUGCAUCUGUCACCAUUACAUCUAUAAGUCGAGAUUAGCAGAAACUCCUGCUGAUCCUGAGAGCUGUGCGGUAUAUUUGGCAUACUCCGUGACGCUCCUCCACCAUGGGUGCGUCCUUCACACAGUUGUUCCCGGUGUUCCCUGGGGACAUGCACACUCGGCCCUCCCCACAUACUCUCUCUUUGGUGACCACUACCUUCUUGUGAUUGUACCUGGGGUCUGCAUGCACAUGCUGGAUAUUGGAUUGGACCAUAUGCCAAACAACCAUAUUGUUACAACGCCUCCACCACAGCUCCUGCCCAAUGCUCAGCUGUAUCAGAUAUGCGGAGGCAAAGUCAUCUCGGGUCGCUGCAUAACAUUUGUGGAUGGAGUAAACCAGAUGACGGUGGAAGUUCGAGUGACUAAAGAAUCUCUGUUUUCACUCUUCAAGAGCUCUUCUACCCUGAGCACACGUCUGGCAAUACUGCACUUGGCAGCAAUCCAUGAUAAAGAUCAUGACCUUUCACGAAAGUUAAUGUGGAGUGUGUGUGAAGAUCCAUACAACCUUGAUACACCAGCACUGCUUCAAGAGUACCUGGUGGGAGAAACAUAUGCAGCUGUCCACAAACACAUUGAUUCAGAUGCUGGACACCUCAUCUCCCUCCUCCCGAUCACUACUGCUCCAUUCACCACCGAUACUGAAUAUAUAGAAUCCCCAGCUGAUGAAAAUGUUCGGAUUUCAUACUGUCUUUUGGAAAAUGCGUGCAUAAUGCUGCUGUCCCCUCGUGAACGUGUGGUCCGUUCACUCUCAGACACGUGGACUAAGCUGUGGGAACAUACAAGCAAGAGGCACCACCAGCGCUUCAGCCUUUCAGAUGUGGUGGAGAAGCUGAUGGUCUCACUCGAUACAUACAAGCCUGAGGCGUUGUCUCAAGGCAGCACUCCAGUGUCUCCAGCAAGUCCACUUGUUGGAGGUCUCACAAUCACAUCACUAGGCCUAACUCUUGCACAUCUCAUGUUUGACCCACUUCCCUUCAACGAGGCUGAGAACACUACAUCCUCUAAGUUGGAGCACCUUCUCUCUGUUAACUUGAGGGAGUUGAGUAUGUACUGCCUGAAGCACUUUCCCCAUGAGUCCCCAAUGAGAGUGCACGCAGUGGCCAGCAAAUAUGUCUGCACACAACUACAGGUGUCUCGUCGUUUAUGCUCCAUCCUGUGUUCUUCUCAGACUCUCGUUCCUGCAGAGAAGAGUGAAAAAGGGUUUACAUUCAUAGAGCAGUUGGAUGAUGGUGUUGCCACCCGACUGUUUACAUUACUAGAGCGAUACCACUCAGCUACUGAAGCUGUAGCAUAUCCUCUGCCUCAAGGAUACAAUUCCUUUUUGGCUUACUUAGCACACCGUUGUCUGCCACACUUUGUGUUUAUGCAGUAUGUACGACGUGGAGUUCUUCAGCUUAAUGUGGAUGUUUUAAGGGAAAUUAUUUACGAUCUGGAUGAUACCCCACAAAAUGUAGAGAGAAAGCUAGAAAUAAUAUCUUCAGUGCCAGUUGUUAGAAGCCUCCGAGCACUGCAGUUCUGGCAACACCCAAUGUCCUUGAUUCUGAGGUCAAGGCUGCAUGCGGGUUCCAUUCUUGCUGGCGAGGGACCAGGACAGCCACGGACACCAACACAGUCGGCCAGAAUUAAUGCUCAACAUCUUCAGAAAAAAGGUAUAACUGCAUUUCCAACAACUGACCGCCUCUCUCCAUUUGAUACAUUUUUGGAUUUGUUAACAGCAAAAGCUAACUUGACAGACCUAGACCUGGGCCUGCUGUACGAGGGGACAGUUGCUUCCUGUGAAUAUAUCAAGCCAGACUUGGAGACUGAUGUUACUGGAGCAAGGGUCUGAAUUGUUCAGGAAUUUGCUAUUGGAUUAUCUUUUAUACUUUGCUAUACGUUUAGUUAUUAUAUAAAUUUAGUACACAUAUUUAUGAUUCAUGUGCUUUUGUACAUUAAUUUUAAUAUACAAAAGCCAUAUACAUUAUUUGAUUUCAAAAUCAUUCACUUUCAUUACAGAGUAGUUGUUGUUUACAUUUCACUAUAGUGUGCUGCAUCCAUUUUUAGCUAACAUUUAUUUUACCUGCUUUAAAAUGACCUAAAGAUAAAAUAUAUAAAUAACUGAAAAUAAUUUAGGACCACUUUCAUCAGUUGAUUAAUUUGUUAGUAUUUUUAUUAUUGCUUCCAUGUGAAUGUAUUCUUCUCAGACAUUGUAUACAGUUUACAGAUGUGUUGGGAAUAUGACACGUUCCUGUCAUGUCUUAUAAAUCAUAACAGACAGUCCCACAGCUCAUUUGCAUGUUAGAAGUUACAAUGGUGCCAAAUGUAACAUAAUUAAUGAUGGCUGUCGUUGUCCCAUUCACCAAUUCUAAUUUAACGUAUUCAAUGCAGUUAUCCAGCUUGUAUCUAGACAUUAUCUGAGUAACUUGCCAUCCCUUCUGAAAUGUGUGGUACAGUAUUCCCACUUGAACGGACAAAUUUGUCACAACCCUACACUCCCUUCUCCGCACAGAUCAGAAGUUUUGUUGCAAUUGAAGUACAGUAUGGUGAUUUUUGCUAUUUCUUGCCUAGCAUUACUAUGGGUUUUACAUUGCACACAUUUUGAUACCAGAAUCACUUUUGUAGGGGAAGAAGGGGGAGUGUGCAUUUAAAAAUAUUUUGUUCAAUUUAUUUCAGUUUUUCUGCCAUUGAAUUCCAGUCUAGUUAUUGCACAAACUCACCCCACCAGAUGUCUUCCAUUAUCUACAGUUGCAAUUGAAUUUAAUGAUCAUGCAUCUGAAAUAAGAGUCCUUAUGUUGCAACUGGCUUUCUGGUGUAUUGACUUUUGUUUCCGCUUAAAUUUACUGUAUUAAUGUAAAUGCAAGAACAAUUAAAACAAGUUGAAAGAUAUUCAACAUUUAUAAAGCAUAGAGAAAAAAAAGAAAUUUGUGUAUUUGUGAAUUUUAUGUAAGAAAUUUACACCAGGUCUUUUGCACUCUCCUGAGAGAGCUCUGUCAAGGUCUGAGUGUGUGUGAUUAGGACGAGACUUACAUCUCAACAUCUAAUAUGAAGCAUGUCCUUUGACUUGUCUUGAAAUGCCUUGUAUACAUGCAAUAUCAGCACCCUGUUUGCAACUCUUGUGAAUUGGAAGUUGAAAUGUUUAAUAUAUUAUGGUAUAUUUAAUUUAUUUCUGUUAUGGAUUUUGACGAAUUUGAAGUUUAUACACGUGUGAACUUAGCCAAACAAUGUUUUGAACAGGUCAGCCAAUCAGGUAUUGUACCAUUAAUGAGUACAAGUAAGUGAUGUUCUAAUAUUUAGAUGAUGAUUGUAUGGUACUGUAUUUUAUGGAAAAACAUUGCAACUCGUUUUUUUUUUUUAAGCUGGUGUAUUAACAUGCUUUGAUCACCAGGUACACGAGUUGAACACGUACUAUCCUGAGUGGCUCUAAUGUUUGUUAUGAAUUCUCACAAGAUAUAUUUUGUAAUUUAUCACUAGAAAUUCCUCCUAUAAAUAAUUUAUCGAAUAGGAGAUUAGGGUUUGAUAUCAUAAGUUCCUUCAGGUUUUGGACAAGCUCUAAGCAUCCUAUUUGCCCCGACAUUAAAUAUAAGUUUAUAUUUAUCUUGUAAUGAGAAAAGUAUCUCGCAAAUGUUCUUAUAGGUAUACUAGAUAUUUUUUGUUUGUGUGAUGUCAGUACAUUCUAGAAAGACUGUAGACAUCAUUUGACCAAAGAUAUUAUACUGUAUUGCAAUUAUGCAAACCCUUUACAAUUUAUAUUUACGGUAUUCUUUUGUGUCUUAUUAUGUAACCUUUAAAUAGUCUAAAUUGAUUUUUUGGAGCACAAUAGUGGAGAGUUUAUUGAUGAGGGUAUUUUGUAUUUAAAUAUUUAAUCAGAUUUUCAUAAAUUUUAUUUAAAGCUGUAACAGACAAAAGGCCAUCUUCAGUAAAGCCCACACUAUUGUUCUAGCUGUAAGAGUUAUACCAGUAUUAACUGUGUACAAUGGGGUCAGUAACAAGUCAUUUUUGUCCUGUUUAUGUGGUACUCAAAAAGUGUCAACUUCCAGGUGUUGUAUAAUGUGUGUAUUUGUAAAAUAUUUUGAUGGGCGUGUCCAGUAUUUUCCGCUAUUUGAUCAUGUUGCCGCAAAAAUUGUCGGUCAACAUUUAUUAUUACUAACUGGAGUUUUGCCACAUAAUAUUACAAGAUUCUUUUGUGAGCAAAUGUCAUUGCACAACUAUUUUACUCAUUUCCACAUGUUCCUUUGUUGUUAUAAUCCAAAUAUAAUUCAGCACAAUUGCUCUUACAUUCAGUCUUAUUUGUCUUAAAAAGGGUGAAUGUAAAUGUCAUACAUUGCUAACCAAAUAUUUUAACCAGGUAAUGUUUUAUUGCAUGGAAAAAAUUAUGUACUCUUCUAAGUAAUAAGAGUAUCGAGUACUGUAAUUGAUAAGGUGCCAAAUCAAAUGCCUUCAAAAGGCUUUGCAUACAGUAUCCUGAGAGCAAGCUAAGGUUGUUAGUGAGCACCAACAACUAGUUAUUUAAUUUGUACGUUCAGUUACCAUUCUCUGGUAAUACCAUUAUUGUAGACAAAACUGAUUUUUUUUUAGAUUUAUUUAUUAAUUUCUCCAUAAAUAUAUAUUUUUUUACUUUAUUUUCAAUAUUUUUACGUUGAAUAUGUAGAAUUUUUAUAUUAAAUAUUUAAGGUAAAUAUCAGAUUGUGCCAAAUGUAUAAAUGUGUUAAAACUUUUUAAAAAUACUUUAUGAUAGUGGUCAAUAUAUAUAUGUUGUAUAUUAUAGAUAACAGCAUUUGCAACAUCUUAAAUAUGUUUCCAGUUUAAUGAAAAAGUGGUUAGAAAUCUUGUACUAUAUAUCUGGGCCUACCAAUAAAAACAAUUACUAACAAA